GGAGCUUGGGGCCGAAGCUUUCAAGGGAGGUAACUCUACUUUGUUUAUGUAUAAAGAGGUUGAAGUUUCGUUUAUGACUAGGCAAUUUAAGAUUAUCAUCGUCAAAGACAUUUUGCAACAUUACUAGUGAAACAAAGAUAUGGCGGAAGUGGUCACCAGCAGUGUGAUGGGAGUGUACUCCUCUCUCACCCAGGUAGUGACGUGGAGCUCGGUUCUGGUGUAUGGAACCAUAUUGGGACUGUCGUAUGGGUUCUACAAGGUCAUCCUGACACCAUACCUGACGCCACUCCGAAACAUACCAGCACGACCAGUCACCAGCAUUUUCCUAGGGAAUAUGCGGGAGAUAUUUGGCGGUGAAAGCAUUGAUCCCUAUAUCAAGUGGGUGAAGGAGAUGAAGACGAGUGUGAUCCGGUACCACCAUAUUCUUGGGGCCCAGAGACUGAUGGUGGCGGACGCUGAUGCCAUGAAGCACAUCAUGGUCACACACAGCAAGAACUAUGUGAAGCCAACGUUCCUUUUCAAGCUGUUCACAAGAGUCACAGGCGAUGGCUUGAUCAGCUUGAAUGGACAACAGCAUCUAACUCAGAGAAAACUCUGUCUCGGAGCAUUCAAGAGUUCAUUUCUAAAAAACAUGAUUCCAGCCAUACAGAAACAUGGAGAGGAACUUGUGGACUUCUGGGUUCAGAGUCUGAAGGAAAAUGAAGACGCAGAUCUGGACAUAGGGGAUGACAUGAGUAGAAUGACAAUGGAUAUCAUCUCAGACUGUGGGUUUGGGUACAACACUGAAGCCCUGUACAAACCAGAGCAGAAAGGAUCCCGUGCCUUCACAGACCUGAUGUACGGCUUCAAACCAAGCAUCCUAAGGGUUUUAUGGCCAUGGCUGCAGUCCCACCUACCAACGGAAGAGAACAGCAACUUUACCAAGAACCUGACUGUGACGAACCAGAUGAUCCAGGAUGUCAUCAGCAACAAGCAGGAGGUCUUGAAGGAGUGCACAGAUGAGAGUAAACUUUCGGACCUACUUAGCAUGCUGCUGCUGGCACGGGACACCGAGUCUGGGGAAGGGUUGUCACGGCAACAGCUGAGAGAUCAUGUGAUGACCUUCAUGUUAGCUGGUCAUGAGACGACAGCAACUUCAAUGACGUGGUGCCUCCUGAAACUGUCUGAAUUCCCUGAGAUUCAGAAACGCCUUCGUGAUGAGGUCACUGCAACCUUGCCUCCAAGAGGUCAACCAAUCACAGUGGAGCAUCUGGAGAAGAUGCCGUAUUUGGCAUGUGUGAUCAAGGAAACAUUGCGGCUAUACCCAGCUGCUCCGAUGACAUUCCGGACCGCUGUUCAUGAUGACGUCAUCAACGGCUACUCCAUCCCCGCUGGCACCAUCAUCAACAUCCACGUGGGAGCCUUACAAAGAAACCCAGCCUACUGGACAGAUGCAGAAGAGUUCAAACCGGAACGUUUCAUGGACGACAGUAAGCUCCAUUCAUACGCCUGGCUGCCGUUUGUGGCCGGGCCCAGAAUGUGCAUUGGGUACAAGUUUGCCCUCAUGGAGAUGAAAGUUAUUUUGGCAAUUCUGUUCCGAGAGUUUGACUUUAAACUCUCAAACCCAGACCAGAUUUACAAGAAACGACAAAGAAUCACAAUGAGACCAGAGCCCGCACUUAAAUUGAAGGCAAAGGUGUUGAACUAUUGAAGUGUUCUACAAGUCCUUGAAGCCAGAGAUGUUGAAGAGUUCUACAAGGUCCUUGAAAACAUGUUGAAGAGUUCUACAAGGUCCUUGAAGCCAGAGGUGUUGAAGUGUUCUACAAGGUCCUUGAAGCCAGAGGUGUUGAAGUGUUCUACAAGGUCCUUGAAAGCAGAGGUGUUGAAGUGUUCUACAAGGUCCUUGAAGCCAGAGGUGUUGAAUUGUUCUACAAGGUCCUUGAAAACAUGUUGAAGUGUUCUACAAGGUCCUUGAAGCCAGAGGUGUUGAAGUGUUCUACAAGGUCCUUGAAAGCAGAGGUGUUGAAGUGUUCUACAAGGUCCUUGAAAAACAUGUUGAAGUGUUCUCCAAGGUCCUUGAAGCCAGAGGUGUUGAAGUGUUCUACAAGGUCCUUGGAAACAUGUUGAAGUGUUCUACAAGGUCCUUGAAGCCAGAGGUGUUGAAGUGUUCUACAAGGUCCUUGAAAACAUGUUGAAGUGUUCUACAAGGUCCUUGAAGCCAGAGGUGUUGAAGUGUUCUACAAGGUCCUUGAAAACAUGUUGAAGUGUUCUACAAGGUCCUUGAAGCCAGAGGUGUUGAAGUGUUCUACAAGGUCCUUGGAAACAUGUUGAAGUGUUCUACAAGGUCCUUGAAGCCAGAGGUGUUGAAGUGUUCUACAAGGUCCUUGAAAGCAGAGGUGUUGAACUGUUCUACAAAGUCCUUGAACUUAUUGAACAGUGGAUGUGUUCUACACCUUGUAGGGAGGGGUAUUUAACUGUUGAAGUGUUGAAAAGAAUUAUUUUAGACAACAUAACAUAUAGUUAUAUUAGCCGUCAGUCAUAUACAAUACUGAGUGCCUUCUUGCCACAGGGAAAAAAACAUAUAAAACUGAGUGAGAUGAUUAAUACGCAGUACUACCUGGAACGUAUUGUUUUCGCCAAUUCUUGAAGUAAGCAAGUCUAAUAUCAACAACCUUGAACAAAGGGAUGUAACUUAUUUUGUUGCAAACCAUUAAUCUAAUACACAUUUGGUUUUGUUGGAAAAGCCGAUCGUCAUUAUCCUAUAAGCUCAUGGGUAACUCUUUCUAAAAUAGUUUUAUUUUUGUAUUUUGAUUUUUUUAUUCUGUUUUAUUCAUUUGAGUUAGCAAAAUGGGUUAUGAAUUAGCUUCUGAGAAAGUUUAGCUAUGUGUAUGUAUUUAUUCAACAAACCCUUAUUGUUUCCAGGUGACCUAAUGUUGUGUAACAACACCUCACAUUAUAACAACACAAAUGCUGUAGGUAAUCAUAUUAAUAGCAGAGAACCAGAGGUAGAUAGUGUAAGCAGUGAUACACACUGUCAGGGUUUUAGCCGACCCCCAACUGUAACCACCCAAUCCACAUUUUAGUCGCAGUGAUUUAUCUAGGUCUGCUCAGAGGAUGAUAUUCGGCCCAAGGCAGCAGCAAAUUCCAGUAAAUAUUCCCAAAUUGGAAUUACAAAUUUCCAAACUCAUGUUAUUUGGUGAGAACUUUAAGACUUUGUGCAGGUGACAUGUAUUUCUCUGACCAAUUUGAGAAAAAUAAGUAUUAUGUCCCAAAUUGCCUGCCUAGGGCUGUGAAUCUAGAAUCCUGGAUACAUCCCUGGCUUCUGACAAGCAUGAGGUACUGAGGACCCUCUAUGUGCUGGUGUCACGUGUUGUGGGACAGCCUCAUGGUCACAUACAUAGCCCGGCAGUCACUUGCUCACUGCAUGAUUGGCAGGGAAAUAUCUACAUAGAUCCAGUGAUGAGCAUCUCGUCAUCAGGGAAAUAUCUUCUUAGAUCUGGUGCUGAGCAUCUCGUCAUCAGAGAAAUAUCUACUUGGAUCCAGUGAUGAGCAUCUCGUCAUCAGGGAAAUAUCUACUUAGAUCCAGUGAUGAGCAUCUCGUCAUCAGAGAAAUAUCUACUUAGAUCCAGUGAUGAGCAU